UCCGCCUUCGACACGCCUUCUUCCAUCACGACAGCGCAAGCUCGACACUUUACAAGACUAGACUCAGAGUUGCGGGUCUUUUGCUUCAUCUUCAGGGCUUGUACACGGGAUCCCAUAGCUGAGCUUGGCACUAUUGUCCGGAUUGGCCUACCUGCUGAGUCCAUCACGAAAAGUCGCGUCUCUAUUUGCGAAUCUUGAAUGCUGAACAUAGCCCAACAUGCCACCUCCAAAGACCAUCUUCACGUCAUACGAGCGGAAUGCCCUCAAAGAUCGAUGGGGCUCGCAGGCUACACGUCUGACCCGUGACUCUUUUCUACCUUUUGGCUCCUGCCAACUAUGUCUCCUUCCUUCAGUAGACCCAGUAUGCUGUUCACAAGGCGAUCUCUUCUGUCGCGAGUGCGCCAUGACCAAUCUAUUGGCGCAACGGAAGGAAAUGAAGCGGCUAGAGAAGCUCAACGAGCGCCAGAUGUUGGAGGACGAUGACCAAAAGCUGCGAGAAGAGGAGGAAGCGCGGCUGCUGGCAGUCGAGGAAUUCGAAGCUGUUCAGAUGGGACUUUCGGUCAAAGCAGGUGCAUCAGCACGAGUCGUUGGAAGGCAAGGUGGCAAGAUCAUGGUCGAAGAAGAGCAGGAUGCCAAGGCAGGAGAGGCCAGAGGCACGAAACGCAAGUUCGAAAUUGACCAAGAGGAACUCAAGCGCAUUGCACACGAAGAGCAGAGCAAAGCAAAACGCACAUUAGACGCCGAGCGCAAAGCAGCCAAGGGUCAUCUCCCCAGUUUUUGGGUUCCCGGCGAGACCCCCGACCAACACCACAAAAGUGUAGAGAAGGCGAAACAAACGCCUGUAUGCCCAUCAAGCCACCCGGACCAACCACACAGCCUCUCACUGAAGAGUUUAACAAGCGUCAACUUCCACGAGGAAAAGUCGUCCGAAACGGGAAAGUCGGCUCGCACAUGUCCCAGCUGUCAGAAAGCGCUCUCAAACAGUACGAAAGCCAUGCUCGCUAUACCUUGUGGUCACGUCCUAUGCAAGCCAUGCGUCGAUAAAUUUCUCCGGCCAGAACAUCGCCAUCAACGAGAUGCACAUGAUCAAGGGCCGGAGCCGGAGACUAUUCAUUGCUAUGUCUGCGAUGCGGAUCUUACGACAGUCCCAGACGCCAAGGAAGGCAAGAAGAAGAAAAAGGACAGCGAGAAGGGAAAGGCGCCCAAGCCUGGACUCGUGGAGAUAAGGAGUGAAGGUACCGGGUUUGCAAGUGGUGGAAAGGCGAUGGUUAAGAGAGAAGGAGUGGCAUUUCAAGUAUAACGAGUCUUUACACAUCGACUGAACUACGGGCGCGAAACACGAAAAACAAAUUAUCAUAAACUGCCAGCGCUUGAAUGGCAGACCUCGUGGUGUACACACACUUCCAAGAUCUCAGCUUUGUGAGACUCAUUACAGGGCAAUGCCAAUCGUGUACUCCAUGAUGUUAUUCGAAGU